CAGUUGGACUCUGCAGAUGCUGAGAAAAAGAGAGAGAAAGCAGGAGAAAAUCCCAACCCUUAUUUGGAGUUUUCUAUUGGAUGAUCGGCUGUUUACCCUUUGAAUGUCCUCAAUUCAGAUACUUCAAAGGGUAAGAAGAGGAUAUAAUUGCUAAUAACACACAACCGUUGAAGCCAUAACAGUCUUUUUCCUCAAUUUUCAAGGCCUCCCUCCCUCUCUUUGUCUCAUUCCAACAAAACCCUAAUCAUAUUUGCCCUUGUUUCAGUGUCUACUCCGUCAUACAUUGAUACAGAAUCUGGGUUUUCUGUUUUCUUUGGCUCCAAAAAGGGGAUCCUCAUGAAGAAUUCGGCAAAUGGAGAGGUGGACUCAUUUUAUGCAAUUAGACCUGAAUGCCAAAGUGAUGUUCCGAAAAUCCGAUUUAAGCCGAGGGCAGGGAAAACACUUAGUGCAAGAAGAUGGCAUGCUGCUUUCUCUCAAGAUGGUCAUUUAGAUAUAGAAAAAGUGCUUAGACGGAUCCAACGAGGGGGUGUUCAUCCAUCAAUCAAAGGGGUAGUUUGGGAGUUCUUGUUGGGUUGUUUUGAUCCCAACAGCACCUUUGAUGAACGAAAUGAGCUCAGGCAACAGAGGAGGCAGCAGUAUGGUGCACUGAAGGCUGAGUGUCAAAAGAUGGCGCCUGUUAUUGGCAGUGGAAAGUUUAUUACAACACCGAUUGUCACUGUAGAUGGUCGACCAGUACAAGAUCUUUCCACCAAUGACAAUUCACAGGAUGAUAUCAGAGCCACAUCAACACCCUCUCCUCUCGAUUCACCUUUAGAUGAUGGGGGGCAUGUAGAUGAUGCUGUGCCAGACAAGAAAGUGAUUCAGUGGAAGCUCAUGUUGCACCAAAUUGGUUUAGAUGUUGUUCGCACAGAUCGAACACUUAUGUUUUAUGAGAAUGAAGCCAAUCAGGCGAAGCUCUGGGAUGUUCUUGCAGUCUAUGCCUGGAUGGACAAUGAUAUUGGUUACUGCCAAGGAAUGAAUGAUAUUUGCUCUCCUAUGGUAAUUCUCAUUGAAAAUGAAGCGGAUGCAUUUUGGUGCUUUGAGCGAGCAAUGCGUAGAUUGAGAGAAAAUUUCAGGGUUAGUACCAAUUCUAUAGGUGUGCAAUCUCAGCUGGGUACACUUUCAGAAAUAAUUAAAGCGGUUGAUCCUCAGCUCCAUCAACACCUUGAGGAUCUAGAUGGGGGGGAAUAUCUAUUUGCAUUUCGGAUGCUGAUGGUACUUUUCCGUAGGGAGUUCUCUUUUGUGGAUGCAUUGUACCUAUGGGAGUUGAUGUGGGCCAUGGAAUACAACCCAAACAUUUUCUCAUCAUAUGAGGAGUCAAGUGCUUCUGCAGAUAAAAGUUCUACACAAAACACAAAUGGCAAGAUGCUGAAGAAGUGUGGGAAAUUUGAGAGAAAAAAUGUGAAGACCGGAUAUAAGAACCAACACAGUUCUCUUGCUGUUUUUCUUGUUGCAAGCGUCCUUGCAACCAAGAACAAGCGAUUCUUGAAGGAGGCCAAGGGUCUGGAUGACGUUGUAAAGAUCUUGGGUGACAUUACUGGAAAUUUAGAUGCAAAAAAAGCAUGCAACGAGGCUUUGAAACUUCACAAAAAGUACCUGAGCAAGGCAAAGAAAUCAUAGAUGUUGGUGGAGAGCAUCGAUCUGUUUUAGGUUAACCCAACUGAUGGUGGCAUUGGGAGCAUUUGGCAUGUUACUGAGGUUUUGGCUUUAAUUUUUAGAACUUUUUCCCACAUUUAUUACCAUUUCUUCUCCAAGGAUUUGUUGAUUUUAGCUGUAAAAACCUUCUGCAUAAGAUUUUGUCACGAGUUGUAUCUGUAGAGCCUAUUGGUAUCUUUGAAGAACAAGAAACAAUAGAAUCAGAACCUUUUUUUUUUUUCACAUUA